AUGGGGAACAACAAGACUGAUGGAGAGACGAGGCGAGUCAGCUGCUCCGGCUCCGGUGCUGGCCUCAAGGACAGCAGAAGCCGACUCCGACAAGAUGAGGCCAAGCCACGGGUAAUAUGCUUAGUGGUCAGGCUUGAAAAACAGCCAAGUUCCACAUACCUCGGACGCAUGAAAUGGACGUUCGCAUACUGCCUCCAACAGGUCCGCCCUCAUGACGAAAACCCUCGCUCCUCCAGAGGCCAAUCUCACGAUCCCCGCGAAAUCUGUCACUCGAUGCCUGCCCCCCUCCGCACUCGGGUUCCGCACUCUCCACGUCGCACUACGGUCGCUUUGGUCUUCUCCAGACGGAGAUUAGCUUGCACAGUCGGACAAGCAUCAGGCCCCCAAGCCGCACCUGACCAGCCGUCUGCGUCUGCUGUUCCAGGCGCACGGUGUCGAGUGGAUACUAGAUUUGAGCCGCAGCGGCGUGGCCGGUCCAUGACAGGAUAG